GCCGGGUUGGCGAAGGCGUCGGUGGAGGUGUUGGAGCGGACGAAGGGGGAGAUUAUGGGGUUUGUGGAGGGGAAGGAUCGCGGGGAGGGGGUGAUUGGGGUAAAGGUUGAGAAGGAGGAUGGGGAGGAGAAGAGAAAAGAGAUGGAGGAGUUUGAAAAGCAGCAGCGGGAUCGCGUGCUCAAGAAGGCUGUGGGGAUUGAGAUGAAGCUUGCGGAGCUGUACUCGAGCGAUUAUAUCCAGGAUGAGAAGAAGGCGGAGGAGGCGCAGGUUGCGGCGGUGGAGUUGUGUUUGAAGGAGUUGCAUCGGCGCCAGAGUCUGGGCCUCCCUGUUGGUGGCGGGCUAGAGGCGGAUAACACUGAGGGGUGGUUGAAUGUCACGGAGAUCGCGACGGCGUUGACGGAUCUGGCGGGCCGGUAUACGGCGCAGGAGAAUUAUGAGCUUUCUAUUCCGCUGCAGAUGCGGGCGCUGGAUCUGCUCCAUACCGAGGAAGGGGAUGCGCCGACGUGUAAGCAGGUUGUGCUGCUGAAUAGUGUUGCUGGGUGCAUGGCUGGACAGGCGCAGAAGCCCAUUCGGGCUGAGGACCCCAAGAAGGCCAGGGAGCAGCUGUUUGAUGCUGCUCAGAAGUGGGCGCAGAAGGCGAUUGACGUUGCGGCGAAGAUUCAGCCGCCGGUUCGGGAUGAGGAGUGUGAUACUUCUUGCGUGGCGGCGACCUUUAACCUGGGUUGGCUGGCGGAGUUCCAGGGUAAGGCGAAGGAGGCCGAGAGGCUCUACGGAGAAGCCAAGUCGCUGUCGCAGGGUCUGGGCUUUGAACAGGGCGUUUCUAUGGCCGAUGCUGCUCUGAAGAGGCUCACGAAGAACUAA